ACCUAGCCUAACGCUUCUCCUUUUACAGAUGGUGAUGAUAACACUUCCUGUCCGGCCUGGCCUGGCUUUCCUGUUGUGUAGCUCUACCGGGGAUGUUUUUUAACUUAAAGUUACAGCAUGCAACUUGAGGCUUACGUUUCGGGCGCUCGCCUGUGGGGCGUGUUGAGGGCGCUCGGUGGUGGCGUGUGUCUGUGGGAAUUGCGCUCGGUAUGUUUGGGACCCAGUCUGUUAGGCUAGAAUAACGUCCAGUGACUUGCCUCUGUGCGCUCUUUGGUUUUCUUGUUUCGGGGUUCCACUGCAGCUUCAGAGGCCCACAGUUUUUUAACCCUGUUCUGUCCGAUUUGGAUCAAAGGGGGUCCCAUGCUGUGGUGCUGUUGGAAAGGAAGGUAAAAAGCAUCCUUAUGGACGUUGUUCCGCCUGCAGAGCAGGCGCUGGUUAGCACACCUUUGGUAAACUUCUCACCCAGCUUCCUCCAGGUGAGACUUCUGGUAGGGCUUGUAGAAGGUCUGUCUGAACAGUGUGAAGGUGAGCUUUCAAAUGCCUUUUCCUACCUAACCUUGUUUUUGAAAUUUCUUUUCUUUGUAAAUGUUUUUGCUAUUUUAUUGCUGCUCACAGAUUUCCAGGCCAUAGCUAAAAUGACACUGAUAAAACUUCUUACUACUGCAGCUACAUGAGGAUUUGGUAUCUGUAGCUUGCUAUGGGAAGAGUUGUCUUAAUGUUUGUUGGUAUUUAAGGAUUCCCUUGCUCGGGUUGCUAAACAGGAAACAAGCUUAACCAGCCUACGUAGGGGUCCCAGAUGUCAGUGGUGAAUACAGCUAGUGUUGUUUCUCAUUUGCUCGAGUCCUCCUUGAAAGUUUAGAAAAGUGUUUUGGAUGGCUUGUUGCUUUCUUUAGAGUUUACCAACGUUUGUACGUUUACUACUUUUCAGGUACCGUUAAAGCCUGGAAGGAGUCUUAUGGAUUGGAUUCGACUAACUAAAAGUGGGAAAGACUUGGCUGGUUUGAAAGGGAGGCUGAUUGAAGUGACUGAAGACGAGCUUGCUAAGCACAACAAAAAGGAGGACUGCUGGAUAUGUAUAAGAGGACUUGUAUAUAAUGUCACUCCAUACAUGGAAUAUCAUCCUGGUGGCGAGGAUGAACUAAUGAAAGCAGCUGGAAUGGAUGGCACAGAUCUCUUUGAUCAGGUUCACCGCUGGGUCAAUUAUGAAUCCAUGUUGAAGGAGUGUCUUGUCGGAAGAAUUGCUCUCAAGCCUGUUGCUGUUCCAAAAGUCCCUGUAAAACAAAUGAGUGGGUAUGAAUGUGUGUACGUUCUCCCUCCCUGCAAGCAACCCACUUCGUUCUUCAAGUCCUGGAGGACAAGCUGUCAUGGACAGCUCUGGGAGACUUCUAUAUCUGAAAAGAAGAAACAGCUUAACGGUAUGCUUCCUGAAAAGAAACUACUGGGUGCUUCUGCUAAAGAUUUAACUCCAAGUUAUGACUGGUUCCAAACAGAUGGUUUGAUCACCAUUGUUCUAUAUACUAAGCAGAAGGAUAUGAAUACAGAGUUGGUGAUAGUUGACUGUCAAGACAAAAGAUUAAGGGGAGAGAUCAUCAUGAAUGACCACUCAUAUGUCUUAGAAGUUGACUUGGAUCAUGCAGUUGAGGAAGACUUUGUUGUAAAUAUUGCUGAAAAAAUUGGAAAGGUAGAAAUUAUCUUAAAGAAAAAAGAUAACAUUCAUUGGAAAAUGCUGGGACAGCCUUUGGAGAGUCACAACACGUUUAUCAAAUGCAAGAACAGAGGACUGUUCUACAGAAAAUGCAAGUUGGUUUCUAAGACAGAAGUUACCCAUGACACCAAGCUCUUCCGCUUUCUGUUGCCUAAGAGCACUCAUCUCCAGGUUCCCACUGGGCAGCAUGUUUACCUCAAACAAAUCAUUGCAGGGACAGAGGUAGUAAAACCAUACACACCUGUAUUGCCUUUUUUGCUACUGGAUUUCCAAGAAACAUCUUGCCAUGAUGGUGCAAAUAUAUAUUUAAUGAUUAAAAUUUAUUCCUGUGGACUGUUCACACAGGCACUUGACCACCUACGAAUUGGAGACUAUAUUUCUAUCAGUAAUCCUGAAGGUAACUUCAAGAAGUCACAAGUUCAAGCUUUAGAAGAUCUCUUUUUAUUGGCAGCAGGCACAGGCUUCACACCAAUGGUUAAAGUGCUGAAUUUUGUUCUGACUGAAGUUAGUAGUCUCCGGACAGCAAAGCUGAUCUUCUUCAACAAAACAGAAGAUGACAUACUUUGGAGAAACCAACUGGAGCAAUUAGCUCUUAGAGAUGAAAGGUUUGAGGUUCAAUUCGUUCUUUCAGAACCAACAAAGGACUGGGUGGGAAAACAGGGGAGAAUAUCUUCAUCUCUCCUCUCUGGGUUUAUGAAAAGAAGCAGAAAAGACUCCAAAGUGCUUAUUUGCAUCUGUGGUCCAACAGCUUUUACUGAACAAGGAGUACAGUGUCUAAAGGAUCUUGGAUACUCCCAAGAAGAGAUGCAUGCUUUUACUGCGUAAAACAAUGUGAAGAUAUCAAUGUUUGUUCGUAUAACUCAAUCUAAUUUAUUUACUUUCAUGAAUUUAUUUAAAUGAGAAGUAAUUUUUUAAGACUUGAAAUUUCACUCUUGGUACCAAACUGUUUCUUGGAAGAAAUAUAUCUUUGAAAAAAAAUUUUAUACUGUGUUUUAUCGUGUUUUUGUAAAUAUUUUUGCUAAUACUUAAAAUUCAUCCAGGACAUUAAUUUAUUGUAGAGGCAAGCAAAAGUGUGCAGUACCCAUUGUUAGUUAUAUAAUGUUGUUGACUUAAGAGAAUUUUGAAAUUUAGGUUGAGCACUGAUUUAAGUUUUGACUUGAAAUGGUUAUUAUUUCUUACUGUAAAAUGUCUUAAGAGCAAUACUGUCUGAAUUUAAAAUAUUGUACUAUAACUCAGGUAGCUGAUCACUGAAAUAUGUUCUUUGUCAACUUAAAUCUCUAUUUGACUUGCAAGCGACCCCGAUAAGUUCUUGGUUUUGUACACAUUUACAGAGAAUAAAAUUUAAAAGAACCUUUGGUAAAAUAAAAA